AUGCGAAAUGAGCUUCUUAUGCUACGUGUUCUUGUCGUAAUUUUCAUUGUCUUAACUUUGAUUUCAUUGGUGUUAGAUAUCUGGAUUCUUCUUAGAAAACCAAGGGAAACCAUUUCGCAGGUUCCAGGUAACUUGUUUCACUUAAAACACGACUUAGUUUACUAGAGUAAUCUAGACGUUUAUUGUCGUCUAACAAUGGAUAACGUAAACAUCACAAAAUAAUUACAAUUCUCAGACACUCACAAGUGUGAAGUCCUCGAAUACACUUUAUCAGCGAGGUACUGUGGACUUGAUAUUUUUUUUGAUGUGCGUCAUACAACUGAAGAACGAGCUGAAGUAACUUAUUUAAUGUUGACGUUAAGAUUAAGAUGACGUCAGCGUCCUGUGGUACGUUUCAGACCGGCGAAAUUGGUCAAACCAGAUAAAAAUUUUAACUGAUGCCGAUAAACAGAAGUAAGACUGAUGAGUGAAAAUUGGAGCCAAUUUCAAUUAUUAGCCAUCAAAUUACAAUUCAUGUUUUUAUUUUUAAGAAUUUCGAUGGUUCCCGGAAAAAAAAAGGUUGUGACAAUUGAUGUAAUUAGCUCGACACAAGAUAAUUUCGGCGUCUGAAUCAAAAGCAUAGUACUUCGUAAGUGUUUUACCCUUUCUUUCGUUGAAAGAAAUCAGAUUAAAGUCUCACCAAAUAACAUAUUUAUUUUAGUGACAUUUAGGGUAUUCGAUACCUUGCUGAUUACCCUCAGUUAGCAAGUAUUUUUUUGUCAUCUUAUUUCCUUGGAUUCCAUCUUUAAUCUCCUUUUUUUUUAACAGAAACAACUCCAAAUAAAACUCCACAACCACCACCACCAUCACAGGUUGUUAUAAAGGGCACAGCUGAUGGUUUAAAGCAAGAGUUAGGAAGACUUGGUCAGAACGAAGCCUUGAUAAGAAAUGCUAUAACUGUGCUGCAAAACACAAUGCAUGAGCUGACAAAAACUGAAAACAAGUUUAAUGUGACCUUGACUACUCAGAAAAGAAGACUGGAUAAUCUGUUUUCUACUGUGAGUUUUUCUUUUCUGUUUGUUGAAGAUAUUUCCUUUGCUUGACAGUAUUGAAAUAGUCCACUACGUUCGAAGUGGAAUGAAGUGGUAGUGCGGUUCAAGAGGACACCAAACCUUUUUCAAACAUCCUGCUCCAGAAACCAUUUAUAAAACUUUAGAAAGUACACUUUCAAUAGGAAAAGAUAUCAAAACGGGUGGGUUAGUCGUUGCUCGCCUUAAUCCAAAGAGCGCGCAAGUUCAACGAUCGUCAUCGUCAGACAUUAUCUGCUGUCAAAAUCUUCGACGCGAUGCUGCGUCCUCGGCCAAUACGGGACAUUGAAAGUUUGAGGCCUUCUAAGACAAGGACAAGGCUAGUGUCUUGAUUUAAUCAAGAAUUAUAAGAGGUCUGCUUCCCCUGCUAGGGCAUGGUAGGAUAAUAUAUACAAAAAUCUUUAGCCCAUAGAAACAAUGGACGAUGAAAUAAGACCUCCUCCCUCCUUCAUUAAGAAAAAUUAUAAUCACUGUUUUUACUUUACAGGUAAAUAAAACAGGUCCCCGUGGUACCAUGCUUCAGGGACCACCGGGACCAGUCGGUCCCCCAGGGAUCUUGGGCUUUCAAGGGCCCCCAGGUCCCCAAGGAAUUCAAGGUCCUCAGGGGUCUCCUGGCCCUCCAGGAAAAACCGGAAUCACUGGUGCUAUUGGCCCUAAGGGACUUCAAGGUGUCCCUGGUUUCCAAGGUCCACAAGGAUACAAUGGAACUCAGGGCCCAAAAGGGGAUACUGGAGCACCUGGACCAAAAGGAGCCAGGGGACCUCCCGGUGUACACGACCUCAGCCUUUGUCGAUAUAGGAGCAAUUCUUCAGUAACAACAAGUGGUCCGUACGCUAACACGGCCAUUAGCGUAGUCGAAACAACUGUAAGUUUACUGUCUUUUGACAUUUAA